AAAGUUUAAGUCAACCAAAGAAAAAAACCAAUCUCGUUGCCGGCGAUGGGCUGCAUUUGCUUCAAGCCUUUUCGCCGCUCGCCUUCUCCGUCGAUUAAAUCCUCAAUCAUCAAACAAAUAAAUAGCAACGAAGAUGAGGACGGAAGCUCAUGUCCGAGUUUCCGAGAGUUCAGUUUGGAACAGCUGAAGGUCGCUACCAACGGAUUCUCCGCCAACAACAUCGUGUCGGAACACAACGAGAAGGUUCCUAACAUCGUCUACAAAGGGAGCCUCAACGACGGUCGAAUGAUCGCUGUUAAGCGGUUUCAGAGGCUUUCAUGGCCUAAUCCUUCCGAAUUCAUCGAAGAAGCACAAGCAGUGGGGAGGUGUAGGAGUGAGGAUAUGGCUAAUUUGAUCGGCUGUUGUUCAGAAGGUCACGAGAGGCUUCUUGUUGCUGAGUACAUGCCUAAUGGAACACUAGCAAAGCAUCUCUUCCACUGGGAGAAACGACCAAUGAAAUGGGAGAUGAGGUUGAGAGUUGCGUUGCAUACUGCGACAGCCUUGGAGUAUUGUAAUGAUAGGGGAAUAGAUUUGUACCAUGAUCUUAACACCUACAGAAUAUUGUUUGAUAAGGUUGGGAAUCCAAGGCUGUCUUGCUUCGGUCUCAUGAAGUGUAGCAGAGAGGGAAAGAGUUACAGCACCAAUUUAGCAUUUGCUCCUCCUGAAUAUUUGCGUCUAGGCACUGUGGUACCAGAGAGUGUCAUAUUCAGCUUUGGUACCUUGUUACUGGAUCUUAUGAGUGGCAGACAUAUUCCACCAAACCAUGCACUUGAUCUGUUCCGUGGCAAAAACUAUUUGGUACUAAUGGAUUCAGCUCUGGAUGGUCAGUUCUCUGAUGAGGAUAGAACAGAACUAAUUCACCUAGCUUCACGCUGUUUGCGUCCUGAACCAGACAAGAGGCCAAACAUAAAGUUUCUUUUGUCGGCUCUUUCAAGACUUGAGAAACGAGCCGAGUCGUGGCCAAAUGUCAAAGGAGAAAACAUCCCUGUAAGUCAUGACCUGACCACAUUGAUUCUUCCAAAGUUUUUAGGUUUUGCAUAUGUAUUCAUGAGACUUAAUAAUUGGCAGGCUCCAUUAUACACUAAACCUUCAACAAAAAAGUCAUUGCGCUUGAGCCCUCUUGCAGAAGCAUGCUGGAGAGUGGAUCUAUGUAGCAUACAUGAACUUCUAGAAAAACUUGGAUAUGGAGAGGAUGAUGUUGCUGUCACAAAUGAGUUCUCAUUCCAAAUGUGGACGGGUCGAAUGCAAGAGAAUAUUGAUUACAAGAAGCAUGGAGAUGCUGCAUUUCGUGCUAAGGAUUAUGAAACCGCAAUAGAAUUCUACACAGAGUUCAUGAGUGGAGCACCAGUGGUAUCACCAACAGUACUAACCAGACGGUGUCUAUGUUACCUAAUGAACGAUAUGUUCAGUGAGGCUCUAAGUGAUGCGAUGCAAGCUCAGGUUGCAUCUCCAGAGUGUUCAACCGCUCUCUACUUACAAGCGGCUUGUCUCUUAAAGCUUGAGAUGGAAGCUGAAGCUAAAGAAGCACUUAGACAUGGCUCUUCCCUUGAAGCUUUUUAGAGUUCAACCAACAACAACAAAACUAAGAUUUGUACAGCUUUUUUUCUCUCUGUACGUAUAUGUAUACGUAUUUAGAAAUUGUCAAUACACACAUAGCAUAUAUACUUGUUUGAAUGUUUGGCUUUGUUUGCUAAAAACAGAAUUUUUUUUGCCUGUUUUGUCUUUGAUAUUAACUGGAUUGUGUUUCUCCUUUUCUUACAUGUUCACACUAA